GGAUUCAGACCAUGAUGUUCAAUUCAAGCUAGUAUCUGUGAAAAAUGUAGGUCUUUUCAAAUGUGAGUUUUAAAAAAGAGGUUAAAACUGGAUGACCAAAGGCUGAACAUCUCUGUUCUUGGGUCUGGCUCUGAGAUUACAUUUUUGAGAAUACAGAGCCCAACUGAGCUUUGGCUAAGUAACUGAAGGAAGCAGGAAAUACAUUAAUUAUGUGAUAUUUGGAUCUGUUUAAGCCUCAGAACAGAUGCAUUCAGGUCGGUCUAAACCCAAAGUCACUGUGAACAUGGACAGAAGAUGAACUGGUAACACUUUACACCUUAUGAUGGUUUUUGCAGCAGGAUUUCUCCUGAGCCCGUCACAGCUCUGCAUGUUUUUGCUUGACAGCAUGAAGAUGAACGUCAAAAGGACUUGAUAAGCUUAAAGACCGUCUGUCGCUUCUGUUUUCUGAUCUGUAAGAAUGAGCUUUACACAGGAUAAAACUGGGCAGCCAUCUGCUGCAAAAGUAAACAAGCCUUCAGUUCACUGGUGAUGCUGUUCUGGCUGGAAUCUUUCCACUCUUUGUUUUGUAACACUGCGCUUAUGCAGACAGGAAGUCUCUCAGAAAGAAGAUCGCAUUUAGACCUGAACUUUCUCAUCCGAGUUCCUGAACUCUGAUUCCUGAGAGACGAAGCUCAUUCAGACCGAAGGAUCUCAGAUACUUCUAACCUGAGAGUAGGAGGUUCCAGCUGCAUGGACGGCGUUCCUCUGAAGAUUCCCCAGGCUGUUGCCACUGUGGAGGUCAUAGAGAACUUCCAAGUGACUCUGCCGGACUACAUCGCCAUCCUGCGAGACACAGAGUACGAGUUCAGUCUGGAGAACUGGAUGCUGACUGGACUUCAGAAUGGCUUCACCCACCAGCAACAACCCCAGCCUACCCUUUUGCCAUCAGAGCUUAAGCCAUCAUGUCCACCGUAUUGGAUGAUGUUCAGCAGCCCGCAGCAGAGCCGCCUGGCCAGUCGACACCGCUCAGACUUCUGGGAGCCCAAUCCCCGGCAACGCUCCAACAGCCUCAACCCAGCUGUGCUGCGUGCCAAGUUCACCAUUUCAGACUCAGAAGACGAAUCUGAGCCCACGACACCGGCAGACAAGAGCUCCCCAGAGAUGUGCCUCUCAGAGGAUUCUCAUCCUGCUGCUCGCUGUCAGCACGGCCAGAGGAAACUACAGAAAGCCUUCAUCCCUGAUCUGCUCAACCCUCCGUCUUGUCUGAGCAGCUUGCCACACCAGCGCAGGAAAAACUUGCGCCAGUGUUCCCUGUCAGCGACUGACUCGUCUACCCUGAAGGAGUCCAACAAAGACAGCCCAUCCGCACACAUUGUUCCUGGGACCAGGGAUGAUACACUCAACACGACCAUAAGCGAUCUCAGCUCCACACCUUCGGAGUCUACCUGCCUGGGAUGUGAGAACCUUCCUGCUAACAAGAGACCACGGGGUCUGUUGUCUGGUUUGGACUCAUCAGCAGAGGUUCUGUCGGCUCUGAGCACAGAGGAGAGGGCGCUGGUAGGCGCCAUCACUACUCAGGGCUAUUCUCUCCGAGCAGCCAUCAUUGCACUGCAGAAGAAAGGGCAGCAGACUCCAGACCAGAUGCUGACUUACCUGAUUGCUUGUGAGCACCUGUGUCAGCUGGGUUACGACAUAAGUCUAGUUGAAGAAGCUCUGGAGAUGUUUCAAAAUUGUGAAACCAAAGCAGAGGAGUUCUUGUGCCUGUUGAGUCAGUUUAAUGAGAUGGGCUUCCAGCAGAACACCAUCAAAGAAGUCCUGCUAGUCCAUGAAAACCACAGAGAGCGGGCGCUGGAGGAGCUGAUGAUGCGCGUGUCCUGACAAUAACCCACCAAUGCACCAGAAACUGUUUUCAAUGGAGUGUUAGGAAAUCCUGCAGGCGAAGUUUCCACAACAUUAUUUUACAUUGGCUGAAGGGUGAGAAGGACAGAGGAGAGCAAUCUUAAGAUCCACUCACCACAGUGGAAUCAGGGAUGACUGUGGCUCUCUGGCUGGUGCCCAGGUUUCUCAUCAACCUGAUCAGAUUCCAUCGUUUCAUCCCCCUACAGACUUGACCUCAUGGUGUGAAGCCAAAUGUGCUCUGGGCAGGAACUGACUAGUCCAUGAAAAACCAUGGUGGUUUACCAUCCAAUAGAAAUUAGUAAGAAGGGUUUGGUGCAGGAAAACAAUACUAUAGUACUAUAAUUACUAAAACAAAAUGUAUACUUUUAAUUAUCUGCUUUAGUCCGUUUUCGAGAGCCCAUUGUUUGUGUUGUUUGUAUUUGUUUUUUUGUAGAUUUGUUUUUAUUUUUGAGAGAUUGAUUCAUGCCACAGGAUGUCAUUCUCAACCGGAGAAUUCCAUCCCGGGACGUUGACUGGUCCCCCUGAUCUGUACCAUGUCAGUUUACUGAAGCCAUUCUGAAUCCCCAAAUCUUAGUGUGGUUCACUUUAAAGGGGUUUCAUCCAGUCUGAGAACAGAACGCAGCGACCACGGCAAAUGGGCUCCGGCACAGAACUCAUUCAUCUUCUGAUCUGUUUUUUCCCUUUCGGGGUCCUUGGGCUGCUGGAGCCUAUCCCAGCCACUUGUGGGCAGGGGACCUCCUGCACAGGU